GGGGCUGAGGUGCCUGAGUCAGGCUGAGGGUGGGAUCACCGCAGUUAACAGGAAGUCAGAUUUCCCCUUUUUUCCAAGCAGAAGGCAGAGGGUACAGGGUUGGUUGAGCAGGCAGCUGGUACUAACACUGCUGGACUCUGGGUGAAGGCUGUUCUGUCAUGAGGUUGGCUGUGUUCUUCUCUGGGGCCUUGCUGGGGCUACUAGCAGCCCAGGGGACAGGGAAUGACUGUCCUCGUAAAAAAUCUGCCACUCUGCUGCCAUCUUUCACGGUGACACCUACAGCUACCGAAAGCACGUCAAGCCCUAGACCAACCAGCCACAGAACUACCAAGAGCCACAGAACCACCACUCAGAGAACCACCACCACCACGCAUACAACUAACACCACAGGAACCACCAGCCGCGAGUCCCCAACAGCCACUCAUAGUCCUGCUACCACCACCAGUCAUCAAAAUACUACAGUUCAUCCAACAAGAAACAGUACUGCCACGAGUCCAGGACCCUCCACCAGAUCCCCCCACCCAGAACCACCACCCUCUCCAAGUCCUAGCCCAGGCUCCAAGGAGGCAAUAGGAGACUACACUUGGAAUAAUGGUUCCCAGCCCUGCAUCCGGCUCCAAGCCCAGAUUCAGAUGCGAGUUCUGUACCCAACCCAGGGUGGAGGAGAGGCCUGGGGCAUCUCUGUACUGAACCCCAACAGAACCAAGGCCCAGGGGGGCUGUGAAGGUCCCCAUUCCCACUUGCUCCUCUCAUUCCCCUAUGGACAGCUGAGUUUCGGAUUCAAGCAGGAUCCACUGCAGAGCGCUGUCUACCUGAACUUUAUGGCUGUGGAGUACAAUGUGUCCUUCCCCCAGGCAGUGCAGUGGACAUUCUCAGUUCAGAACUCAUCUCUUCGAGAUCUCCAAACCCCCCUGGGCCAGAGCUUCAGUUGCAGAAAUGCAAGCAUCAUUGUUUCACCAGCUUUACACCUUGAUCUGCUCUCCCUGAAGCUACAAGCUGCUCAGCUGUCCCCCUCAGGGGGCUUUGGACCAAGUUUCUCUUGUCCCAGUGAUAAGUCCAUCUUGCUGCCUCUCAUCAUUGGCCUGAUCUUACUCGGCCUCCUCACCCUGGUGCUUGUUACCUUCUGCAUCGUCCGAAGACGCCCACCCUCUUACCAACCCCUCUGAGCAUUUGUCUCAAUACCCAGGGCACCAGGAGGUGCUCUCAUUUCUCAUCAUUCAAUUGACUCAAAAAGAUAAAAGUUAUCAUCCUUCCCUGUCUUGAUGAACAAAGAGAUAAUGCAGUUGGGAGGGGUGAGGGGAAAGAUGUUUAUUAAAUAUGACUGAUUCCCCAUCUUCCAUGGGAAAAUAAUAAAACUUGCUCAAAUCUUUA